AUGGGGAAGGAGAAGCUCCACAUAAACAUUGUGGUGAUAGGACAUGUCGACUCCGGCAAGUCCACCACCACCGGCCACCUCAUCUACAAGUGUGGGGGCAUCGACAAAAGAACAAUCGAGAAGUUUGAGAAGGAGGCUGCAGAGAUGGGAAAGGGUUCCUUCAAAUACGCCUGGGUUCUGGACAAGCUGAAGGCCGAGCGCGAGCGCGGCAUCACCAUCGAUAUCUCCCUUUGGAAGUUUGAGACCAGCAAGUACUACGUGACCAUCAUCGAUGCUCCGGGACACAGGGACUUCAUCAAGAACAUGAUCACCGGGACCUCUCAGGCCGACUGCGCCGUGCUGAUCGUGGCUGCCGGCGUCGGCGAGUUCGAGGCCGGCAUCUCCAAGAACGGGCAGACCCGCGAACACGCCCUGCUGGCCUACACGCUGGGAGUGAAGCAGCUCAUCGUGGGCAUCAACAAGAUGGACUCCACCGAGCCCAACUACAGCCAGAAGCGCUACGAGGAGAUCGUGAAGGAAGUCAGCACUUACAUCAAGAAGAUCGGCUACAACCCCGACACUGUGGCCUUCGUGCCCAUUUCUGGCUGGAACGGAGACAACAUGUUGGAACCCAGCCCUAAUAUGACUUGGUUCAAGGGCUGGAAGAUCAACCGCAAAGAUGGAAACGCUUCGGGCACCACCCUGCUGGAGGCUCUGGACGCCAUCCAGCCUCCCACCCGUCCCACCGACAAGCCCCUGCGGCUGCCUCUGCAGGACGUCUACAAGAUCGGAGGCAUCGGCACCGUGCCCGUGGGCCGGGUAGAGACGGGGAUCCUGAAGCCUGGCAUGGUGGUGACUUUUGCCCCCGUCAACGUCACCACCGAGGUCAAGUCCGUGGAGAUGCACCACGAGGCCCUGACCGAGGCGCUGCCCGGCGACAACGUGGGCUUCAACGUCAAGAACGUGUCCGUGAAGGACAUCCGUCGCGGCAACGUGGCCGGAGACAGCAGGAACGAUCCGCCACAGGAGGCGGCGGGCUUCACCUCUCAGGUGAUUAUCCUGAACCACCCCGGUCAGAUCAGUGCUGGCUACGCUCCCGUACUGGACUGCCACACUGCGCACAUCGCGUGCAAAUUCGCAGAGCUCAAGGAAAAGAUCGACCGUCGCUCCGGUAAGAAGCUCGAGGACAAUCCCAAGUCCCUGAAGUCUGGAGAUGCUGCCAUUGUGGACAUGAUCCCCGGCAAGCCCAUGUGUGUGGAGAGCUUCUCUGAGUACCCGCCGCUGGGGCGUUUUGCUGUCCGCGACAUGCGCCAGACGGUGGCGGUGGGAGUGAUUAAAGGCGUGGAGAAGAAAGCCCCGACAAGCGGUAAGAUCACCAAGUCUGCACAGAAGGCGCAGAAGGCCAAAUGAACGUUGUGCUGGGCUGCUGCCCCGAACGCUCACCGUGGCCGAAGACACACUAGCACCCCGCCCCUUCUGCACACCAUAGUCAGCGUCUGGUCUAUUAUCACAAUGCAUCGCAAAAGCAGACGAAGGAAAAAAAAUGACGCGCCGCGCAGUUAGCGACGCUAACACGCUAUGUUACGUGUAGGUUUUAUUGUAACUCACUUCGUGGCAGAACAACACGACAGGUUUGCGUUCUAGUUCUCUGUGUGCUGUUGAAGUUAGAAUUCCAGCUGCUCGUUGAUGUGGCUACCCGACGUAGUGAUACGGUAGAGAUGUUCCUUUGCCAGGUCUUUGUUAACGUAAUGCUCUGUGUCCUAGCUUUAAAACCAGAUGUGCUCUCUAGCCAGAUGUAGGUUGGCUGCUUGCAUGUUCGCUGUUUGCACCUUACAGCUUCAGAAACUCUUUGUCUGAUGACCUUCAAUCUUCAUGCCUCGCACUUUGCUUGACGUAAGCUCCCUCGCAGGAGCUCUGAUAAAUGUUACUGUUCAGUUCAUGCACCUUAACCACUGUUGUUUGUGAGCGUACGUUCAUAAAAGUAAAGAUGUUUAAACAGUU